AUGCCGAGCUCUUCCAGGGCUUCUUCAAGUACAACCUUAUCGAGUACAGCGACUUCUUCAACUUCCCCAGCGAGAGGUAGCGACGGAUGUGUUAUUUGCGAUUCGGUUGUGUCCUGUCCUGUUUGUGCUUCAGGAGAGUACUGCGUCAUGACUUCAUUAACAUGUGACAGCUGUCCUUCCAAAUACUGUGCAAAACAAUCUGACUCACAACUGAGUAGUUUAACUACCUCCUCCUCCAGUUCUAGUUCUAGUUCUAGUUCUAGUGGUAAUUCAACUGGAAAAACUCCACUUAUUGUAGGGUUCACUGUGGGAAUUGUAGGUGGAGCGAUGCUUAUUGUCUUAGUGGCGUUAUACUUUAUCAAUAAGAGAUAUUGGAAGCCUAAAAGGCAAAGAAAUAAGGCUUUGAAACUGAAAGAGGCAGCGCAGAACUACGGGAACGAUGAAGAGUAUUUUGAUGACGAUGAAGAUGACGACGACGAUGACGACGACGAUGUAAGUGACGGAGAUAUGGGAAAGAAUGAAAAUCAUACUCUUUUCAACGCCACAUUAGUACCUCCCACUCUCAAUAUUCCAGGGAAUAGAAGUUCUACGUCCACUACACGUACAAAGGCCUCGAAUAUCUUACCUAUUGCCUAUAUUCCUGGUGUGACAAGCGGUCUAACUGCUGAUAAACUGCAAUCAAAGCUGCGUUCGAGUUCUAAAAGACAAAAUGCAGCUGGUGACAUUAGAUCACAUAUAACUUUAGGUUCAUCUAUCUUGGAUGGUAUAGAUGAGGAAGAUGAUGAGCACAAUCUGGGCCCCAAUAAGGGAGUUCAUAGUAGGGACGCAGAGGAUAACCUCAUAACCGCUAUUCGUGCUAAACCCAAGCUCGUUCAAAUAGCUGAGGAAGAGAGUGACAAGGAGAUUCAGGACCUGGUUGUCACCGAGCAACAAACAGAAGCUGACGACGUUGCUGACAAUCUUCUACAUAUUGCAGAGAACAACGAAAGCCAAGAUCAGAACAACGAUGAUGACGAAGAAGAGGGAAGUUUCAUACUGGAUUUAGAAAUCCCAGAAUCGAUACGCGAGGGAACUCAGGAUGGUCGUACUGAGAGUCCCUUCGAGGACAAGUUUGAAAUACAUGAUGAACAAUAA